AUGGCAACCAGAACUGCGGGAGGCAACUCUGCCUUCCACAACUUCCACAACGACUAUGCUCACGUCGUCGACCCCAACGAGCGUCGUCGUCUCGCUCUCGCCGAGAUUGACAAGGCUCCCUUUGGAUGGUACCACGUCCGCGCCAUUCUCGUCGCCGGUAUUGGUUUCUUCACUGAUUCCUACGAUAUUUUCGCCAUUUCCAUGGUGACCACCAUGUUGGGUGUCGUCUACUGGAACUCAAACAAGGGCAAGAUUGACACCAACGCCGACACUGCCAUCAAGGUCGCAACCUCUGCUGGUACUGUCAUCGGUCAGCUUGGUUUUGGUGCUCUCGCGGAUAUUGUUGGUCGUAAGAAGAUGUACGGUCUUGAGUUGAUCCUCAUCAUCUUCGCAACUGUCGCUCAGGCUCUCACUGCCUCUGGACCCGGUCUCGGAAUCACUGGUACUCUCAUCUUCUGGCGUGUUCUCAUGGGUAUUGGUAUCGGUGGUGACUACCCUCUCUCUUCGAUCAUUACCUCUGAGUUCGCUACCACCAAGUGGCGUGGAGCCAUGAUGGGUGCUGUCUUCGCCAUGCAAGGUUUCGGUCAAUUCGGUGCCGGUGUCGUCGCCAUCAUUGUCGCUGCCGGCUUCAAGGACUCCCUUAUUGGCACCAACAACAUCGCCAACUGCACUGGCGGCUGUGCCUCCGCCGUUGACAAGAUGUGGCGUGUGGUCGUCGGAUUCGGUGCCGUUCCCGGCUGCAUUGCCCUCUACUACCGUUUGACCAUUCCCGAGACCCCCCGUUACACCUUCGAUGUGUCUCGCGAUGUCGUCAAGGCUGGUUCCGACGUCAAGGCCUACCUCAGCGGUACUGCUGAGGGUAUCCCCGAUGAGGUCACCCGUGUCCAGGCUAUGCGCGAGUCUGCUCCCAAGAUGGAGAUCCCUCAGGCCUCCUUCAAGGACUUCUUCCGCCACUACGGUCAGUGGAGGUACGGCAAGGUCCUUCUCGGUACUGCAGGUUCAUGGUUUUUGCUUGACGUUGCCUUCUACGGCAUCGGUUUGAACGCCACCACAAUCCUCACUGCCAUCGGUUAUGGUUCCGGCGAUGCGGCCAACGUGUACGAGUUCUUCUACCGUCUCGCUGCCGGUAACUUGAUUCUCGUCUGCGCUGGUGCCAUUCCUGGUUACUGGGUUACCGUCGCGACCGUCGACACCCUCGGUCGCCGACCCAUUCAAUUGAUGGGUUUCAUCCUCCUGACCAUCAUCUUCUGCAUCAUGGGUUUCGGCUUCAACGCUAUUGGCAACAACGGUAUCUUCGCGUGCUACGUCCUGGCCAACUUCUUCUUCAACUUCGGCCCCAACACCACCACUUUCAUCACCCCCGGCGAGUGCUUCCCGACUCGUUACCGUUCCACCUCCCACGGUAUCUCUGCCGCCGCCGGCAAGGUCGGUUCCAUCAUCGCCCAGGCUGCUAUUGCCCCUCUCCGUGUCACUGGUGCUGCUCCUAACGCCACUGGCUCGGCUGCUCAGCCAUGGCUCAACCACGUCCUCGAGAUCUUCGCCCUCUUCAUGUUGCUGGGUAUCUUCACCACUCUCCUCGUUCCCGAGACCAAGCGUCUCACCCUCGAGCAACUUGCAGGUGAGGUCCCUGGUACUCCCCAGUACGACCCUGUCCUCGCUGGCCGACCCAUUGCCCGUAGUGGCUCUGGCUCUGAGGAAGAGCAUGAGAAGGCUCCUCAGACCGUCUAA